AUGAGCAGCAGAGCAGCAAUAAAAUACUCAGUUGUUUAUGCAGAUCGUUUUGCUCUUUUAGAGUAUGCAACGAAGCUAAAGAAACCUAUCAUUUGCCAUAGAACAAGCCAUCGUGACAGGCCAAUGAUUCUUGAGGCAUUCAAAACUAGCAAGGAAGUGAACACCAUUUUCAUCUCAAAGAUGGUUGAAAACUCUACAGACAUACCGGAGGCUAACAUGAUAAUUCUGAUCUCAUCAGAUGAUCAUUUAAGGCAUCAGAGAAUCGACCGUAUUCUGAGGGCCAAAGGAAACCACCAAGACAGAGCAGCAGGGGGUAAAGAAGAAGGAUAUGACUUCAAGGUCAUCAGUAGCUUGCCUCCUUCUGAUUCUGGACCUCAUGACUUGAGCUAUCAAGAUUCACAAGACCAGCUUGCGCUUCUCAGUAAGAUAUUGAAUGCUGGUGAUAAUGCUGUAAUUGGUCUUGAAAAUUUUGAAGAAUAUGAACAAGGUCUUAAAGUCCGUCAAACUGCGUCUGGAAUGGUUUACAUCGAAUACAACACUGGACAGAAAAGACCCUCGUAUGGCCUGAACAGCAAGCCAGAAAAUAUGGCUAGGAGAUUUCCAUUGUCUAGUAAACGCUACAGUUAA